AAGGCCAACCAUGUUGGCCCCUUCCCAAGAAUUUCAAGAAAGUGAAUCACUUAAAUACACAGGUGAAUUGUACGAAAAUGAAUUGAAUCCAGAUGAUUUAUAUGUAGACGAAUCCUACCAAGAUGAAUUAUAUUUAAAUGAAGCCCCUGAAGAGCGUCCUGAAGAGCGCCCUGAAGAGCGUCCUGAAGAACGCCCUGAAGAACACCCUGAUGAAUCGCGCCCUAAUGAAUUAUCAUCUCAAGGGUAA